AUGAAAGGUAAUAAAAUUAGCAUCCAUCCUGACAAUAUUCUCAAUUCAUUAGAUUCAAUUGAAACUUUUAAUAAAAAAGAAAAACAUAAUAAUAAAAACAAGGUAGUCAAUAUAUUGAAAUCAUUUAUUAAAAAUUUAUCAGAAAAAAAGACAGAUGAUGAUAAGUCAAAAAAAGGACACGGUGAUAGUGACAGAAGCAAUUCGAAUAUAUCAGCAAAUGUUGACAAUUUCUUUAAAAAAAAAGAAUAUGGUGAUAAAGAAGGAGAUAGAAAUAAUAUUGUCUAUCUUGAUAUUCAAUCGGAUUCAUUUACUGAUUUACGUGAGUUUUUUAAUAAAACAACUGACAAUGAUAAACAACAAGCAGACAAUUUUAAUCUAUCAGAAAAUGCCAAUGAUAUUUAUAAAAAUAAUAUGGCAAAAAUUUCUGGAAACAAAUAA